AUGUUGACUUUGUUGGUACUUACUUCGGUUCUUUGCAUUUUACCCAUCGGAGUUUCAGGAAGAAACAAGAAGUCGGCUCUUAUUCAUCUCACCUAUAGUAGGUCGACAGAUGAUGAUGGUCAACAGAAUUACAAACAUGUUAGUGUAGCACAAACCUACCAAGAAGGAUCCACUGGGCGGACAUCCUCGAUCAACUAUACGUUGCCUUGGCCUGCUACUAAGUCUAUUCAACCCAACCGUACUUCCCAAGGGAUGAAUGUCACUUCAGUAAUUCCCGUUUUCGAGACGUGCAACUUGCCAGGUGCAAGGACUACAUCAUGUUCGCCUUCUUUUCAGACUAUCAUCACGACUAAAUGUUCAACUGUCUUAACAGGAUACUUUACUAAGCAUACUGUCUCUGAAUGUGAUGAGAUUGUCACCUUCUCUACACAGUACGGCUAUUCUUUAGCUACUACAACAUCUCCUGCGAGCAGCGUCUCAGUUCUUCACAAGCGCCAGGAAAUUCCGCCGUUGACGAAUAACUAUGUUCAAAAUGUUACAACAUAUUAUGCCGCUCCAUGGCGGUCAAUUGCAGCAGAUGAUCCAUCAGAUAUACACGUUCAAAUAUGCGGACUGUCAUCCGACGGCGUUCAAAUGUGUACAACUGUCACUGAAAUCUGGGUCAUUCAUACGGAAUAUCUACCGAUUUAUUACACUGGGACCAUCUCAGUUUCCACUGUAGUAUCUUCGACCGCCGUGUUAGCAUUUACUCCCGAAAUAUAUAUAACUGUCACGCCCGGAACUCUCGUACUUUCAACAAAGAUAGUAUCUACAAGUUUAUCGGCGAAGAACAUAACCUCAACUUCUAGAAUCGACAAGUCGAGUUCUGAAUCAUUAGGCUCUGCAUCUAGCACUCAAGAUUCGACGAAAACAAUUUACGUCACUGGUCUGGGUAGCACCACGACGAUAAAUUUAGGGAUGGCAUUAUCUCUCAUCUCAAUUCAGGAGCCGGCAACUCGCACAACCACAAUUACGAGUACGACAAGGAUAACGAAAACCACCACUUUCACGCCUCGUCUUACCGUUUCCCCAACGAUUUAA